AGCAGCAGCAGCAGCAGCAGAAGAGAGAGAGAGAGAGAGAGAGAGAGAGAGAGAUAGAUACCUCCUCCACCUUUGACUCACAAAGAACUAGCAUCUUCUCUUCGAAGCAAAUAAGGCAGCUGCCACCCUGCUCCUGAGCCCACCUGAACCGGGGCUGAACUUCACCUGUGCUCAUGGUUUUAUGGCAAGUCUCCCGCAGGCCCCUAUGGAAAGCCCUGGGCUUCCUGGGCUUGAUCCUGCUGGUGGCCCCAGCAGGCGCCUGGUACAAGCAUGUGGCCAGCCCCAGGUACCACACCGUGGGGCGGGCUUCAGGGCUUCUGAUGGGAGUCAGGCGCUCCCCUUACCUGUGGCGCCGGCAGGCAGCAGAGGGCUCCCGGGAUAGCCUGGAGGCUGCCCCCACCCUGCCCGUCAGCAGGGCCACUCAGUGGCUGACACUCCAGCAGGCAGAGGAGGAGGAGGGACCCUGGACCACUCUGGAUCUGCAGCCUCACCUGUCCUCCCAGGUGGGCGCCUGGAAAGAUGCUGCUUCUGCUGCCGCAGGGGCCAUCAAGAGAACGCUCUGGCCUCAGGCCUCGCAGAAGAACCACGCCAGGCACCAAGGGAGGAUCUGGGCAGCCCUGUGCCCAACAGGAUGCCAGGAGGCUCUCUGGCAAAGCCCUGCCAUGCACCCGAAGCUCCUGGAAAGGCGGAUGUGGAAGACAGCACAGCCCAGCACAUCGAAGGAGGCCAGGUAAUUGGGCACAGUAAGUCCAGAGUCUUAAGCCUCAGAGGGCAUCUAGGACAUAGCUGUCAACUUUCCCCUUUUUUAAGGAAAAUUCCCUUAUUCCGAAUAGGAUUCCUUGCAAGAAAAGGGGAAAGUUGACAGCUAUGAUCUAGGAUGCAGUACUUGUAAGACAGAUGAGCUUUCCCUUGGCCCACUUCUAGGGGGUUUCCUGACAAAGUUUUAAUAUUUAUGGACAAGGGUCAUGCCUCAGUGGUGGAGCAUCUGCUUGGCACGCAGAAGGGCCCCUUCCCUUUAGUAACAAACCCCUUUCCCAAGGUUGAGGUUGCUAUCCAAGGAACGUUCCCACUGAGAGAAAUCUGAUUAUAUGGGACAGGGCAUUGGAAUGUAGAAGGCUGUCUUAAACCAACUGAUUCAUCUAGGUCAGUGUCUGGAGGGAGCUCUCCAGGCAAGAGCCUCACCUAGCCUUGCCUGGAGAUGCUGCAGACCCAACCUGGGACCUUCUGCAUGCAACGCAGGUGCUCUACCACUGAGCUGCAGUUCUUUCCAUUAAGGCAAAGGAAGCUACCUUAAACUGAGUCAGACUGUUGGUCCAUCUAGCUCAUUAUUGUCUACACUGACUGGCAGCAGCUCUCCAGGGUUUCAGGCAGGAGUCUUUCCCAUUCUUACCUGAUGAUGCUGGGGAUUGAACCUAGGACCUUCUGCAUGAGAAGCAGGUGCUCAGGCACUGAGCUGUGGCCUUUCCCCUUUGAGUUUUCACAUUAGACCCUCCUGACAGUGCAGCAUGUUUCACAAAUUCAACCAGGUGGCUACCUAGAGCAGAGCUUUUAGUGGGCUGGCUCCCUCUGGAAUACUCUGUUAGACAAUUGCUCAACUGUUUGGUGUUUCUGAUACCUGCUCAAAACCCUUCUGUACACCCAGGCAAUUUCAGGAUGUUGAUAUUGGCUGUGGCAGGAACAGGCAACCUUUGGCUUCUGGACUCCAGCCCUCAUCAUCUCAUAGACCAUUGGCCAUGCUGGCAUCUGGGGCUGCUGGGAGUUGGAGUUCAAUGACACCUGGAGGGUCACAGUGUCCCCAUCCUUAGGUUGUGGGCACUACUGAUCUGCCAGGUUUUUUAUCACUGUCCUUUUCUUUGAAUGCCUUAUUUUAAUUUUUAUGCAUGCUGCUCCGAGAGCUUUCUGAAUAGGGAGAGGUUUGUAAACACAAAUGAGCAACAAUAGCGAUGGCUGUUCCAGGGGACAAAAUUACACUGCUAGGAGAACAACACAGACCCUCCUUUCAGCUUCUUAGAAUCACAGAAUCAUGUGUUGUAAGGGACUCAAAGGGUCAUCUAGUCCAACCCCCUGCAAUUCAGGAAUUGCAGCUAAAGUAUUUGAUGGUCACCCAACCUCUGUUUAAAAACCUCAAAGGAAGAAGAGUCCACCACCUUCCAAGGGGGUCUGUUCCACUUUCGAACAGCUCUUACUGUCAGAAAGUUCUCCCUGUCAUUUGAAGCCAUUGGUUCAGGUCCUAGCUUCCAAAGUAGGAGAAAAUGGCAAGGGCGCAAUCCAGGGAUUGCCCAAGUCAUCAUUUGAGCCAAUUGUGUUUUGGAACAAGAGGUAUCAGCAACCAGGGGACUAGCUUCCCUUCCUGGCAGCAAGUCAAGAGAAAAGGGCAGGGCUGCAUACGCUGCCUCGAAGAUGAGAAACCAGGCUGGGGUUUAUGUGAGGUCUUUGUGGAAGACAGAUCCCAAGGGAAAACCUCUUCACUCCCCCAGUUCACUUAGGCCAGUAGUGAGCAAGAAGGCAUUUCCCACAAAACGGAAAUGACCACGGGAGCCCUUCUUCUGGCUCCACAAUGCUGAAGGGGAGAACUUUUGUUUUGAUCACAGAAGUGUUUGCUGCCCUAGGCUCCUUUGGGCGGGAGGGUGGGAUAUAAAUUUAAUUGAGCAAAAUGAAUGAAUGAAUAAAUUGGCUGUGCCUGUCGUUAGCUGUGGCUCCAGCCAAUCUUGGGCUCCACAAAUCCCAAAGGAGCACUAGCCACCAGUGAUGGAAAAGUUUAAGGCUGCUAGCCUAAAUACGUAAGGAUUAAUCUCCAGACUCUACCAUCUUGGUUGCCCUCCUCUGCACAUGCCCCAGCUUAUCAAUAUUGUGCAGCAAGAGGAGAACUGUUAGUUAAAGAAUGUGGUUUUUUCAGAUCAAGGAGUAUGCAAGCUUUGGAGUUCCACUGAACUCUACAGCAGGCAGAGUAGAUCCUUUAUACCUAUCUAUACAGUACCAAUUAUGCAGCAUGCUAGGUGAAGAGAAGCUGCCCUUCCUUCCUUCCUUCCUUCCUUCCUUCCUUCCUUCCUUUCUUCCUCUUUCAUCCCCCCGCCCUGCCACACUGCUUCACUUCUGCAAGGACAUCGCUGGAUUUCUUCAUUACUUGCUAAUGCAACUCUGGGCGAGUUACAAAGGGAGGUGGCAAUGGGCCCCAGUGUCUAUUAUCUUUGAGAUUUGCUCUGUUGCAUUUUACCUGCAUGCCUGACAGCCAACACUUGAUGAUGCACUCAUCAAUUGAUGGGAAGAUAUGUGUGAACCUGCCCAUAAACGCCAUCUAAUGUGCUGCUGCUGUGUACAAGAAGUGUACUGCAGACUUCGCCAACCUGGUGCCCUUCAGAUGUUCAGGACUACGACUCCAAUCGGCCCCAGUCCACACAGCUGAACGAUGCUAGGACAGGUGGGAAUCCAAAAUAUUUGGAGGGCACCAGGUUAGUGAAGGCUGGCCCAUGGCAUGAGGGUGGAAGUAACUGACCUAAGAGCCUCAGGGUUCCAGCCAGGAAGGUAUUGAGUUCUCUGUCUCUCAGUGGUGUAGCCAGUGUGGUGUAGUGGUUAAGAGCGGUAGUCUCGUAAUCUGGGGAACCGGGUUCGCGUCUCCGCUCCUCCACAUGCAGCUGCUGGGUGACCUUGGGCCAGUCACACUUCUCUGAAGUCUCUCAGCCCCACUCACCUCACAGAGUGUUUGUUGUGGGGGAGGAAGGGAAAGGAGAAUGUUAGCCGCUUUGAGACUCCUUAAAGGGAGUGAAGGCGGGAUAUCAAAUCCAAACUCUUCUUCUUCUUCCUCUUUGGACAUCAUUGCAAUGCACCCUUUCUCCAUACACACACACACACACAGCAUAAUGAAGCCAGGAGAUGAGGUAAGUUACGAAGGAGAAAGGGAGCACAGGACAGCAGCCCCAAGGAUCUGAUAAAGUUUAAUUCCGGGGGGGGGGGUGUUAGAAAAUUGUCCAUUUUGUUGAUGUGGAAAACUGAGGCCAAAUUAGAAAAUGUGAAUUGCUUAAGUGUAUGUGGCAGAGAACUAAGACUCUCUUUUCUCUCAAUUUAGCGACCCUGAGAUCUAAUCUCUGAUGAGAUGAGGUACCCUGCUGAAGGAGUUGUCUGAAGCAGGCUGGUGGAUGAGCAUAGAAACUGAUUCCAGUACCUGAGAACGAAAGAAUUUUGGAGCAUCCUUUUGGAACCAUGCAUAGUCACACAUCCCCAACCAAGGGAAGAAGCUGUGAAACCCCUAGUGUCAUAUAAUUGUGUGGAUUCUCCAUCAGCAGCUAUAGGAUGCCUGCACUUUCCUGGUUCCUGGGAUCGGGGCCAGAAGCUUUUUGAUUGCCUUUUUCCAACAAGUAGGGGCAUGAGUAGGAAGAGCCCUGUUGUUAUUGUUAUUAUUAUUAUUUUAACCAACUUCAUGCUCACAUUUUUUGGGGGUGGGGAAACAAAAGUGAUAUAUUGUGUUGUUUAUAACGGCUUCUCUGCAAUAUGGUAAUAUGUAUUCAUGUUCUCUCUCCCCACACACCCAAGGAUGCUGUACUAAUUAAAAACAAGAUUUAAUG